CCUUAAGUACACCACAGUGCAUAAUUGCCGAAAGCUACUCUCAAUCCAGUGACUAGGCGGCCGUCUUUGGCUUUGGCUGUGGCACUGUGGCAGUCGUGUUUGUUCGCGCCAGCCGUAGCCAGUAGCGCGCACUUCGCAGGAGCCGCUUGGUUAAACACGUGCGUGUUUUACGAUGACAGCAAACCAAGAAGACUUCGAUAUGGACAUGAGGAGCCGCGCGCAGUGGUCCGAAGGGGAAACCCACACACUCAUAAGAGUGUGGCAGGACCACCUGGUAGAUCUGCGGCGUACGAAGAGAAACGCGAAAGUGUACGCAGCCAUUCAAGAGGAGCUGCGCGCGGAAGGCAUAGACAAACCCCUAAAGACUAUAAAGUCGAAGAUAGAGAACUUGGGCAACAAAUACAGAGACCUGUGCAAGAAGAGGUGUACAGGACAGGGUGCCAUCUCCUGGAAGUAUUUUUGGGAGCUGCACGAGUUCCUUGCUGCACUCCCAGUGAAUGACAAGUCACUGACGGAUGACAUUGGCUGCAGCAGUGCAACUGUUGAAGACCUCGUUCACGAGAUGGUGCAUGGCACAGAUUCCCACUGUGAAGACGCUGUGCUGGACCAAGAUGUCACUAGCCGUCCACCAUCGCCACACACAUCGGAACACGGCAACGACGCUGUUGUUCCGACAGCCGAACCAGAUGUGUCGGCUUCGCCAGCUGCAUCUGGCAUUGGCAGGAGAAUGCCAGUGGGCAAAAAAACGCAGAGGGAAUCCCUGCUUGCACAGAUGGUUGAAGAGCAACGAAAAUUAAGAAUUUGUUAUGAGAAAUCAAAAGAAAAAGAAAAUUCUUAUCGGGAACGGAUGUUCGUGCUUCACGAGAAGGCUGCUGAGCGCGAGGAAAGAUUAAUUGCGGUCUUGGCAGACUUGGGAAAAAAAUAA